AUGUCAACGCUGUCGAUAAUUCAUUUAUGGAAGAGAAAAUUCAAAACGGGUGUGAAGGUAUCAAAAUCACGUACUUCGGAUAUUGUCUUGAAGGAGCUGAACUCCAACAAAUUUACUGGAUUCGAAAUGAUUCUGAUGUACAAUCUUGGCUCAUUUGAUGGCCGAGCGCUCUACCAACAGGGAAUAAUCUCAAUGAUAUCAUGUCAAGAAUUCUACCAAAUCUAUGCAUUAUAUCUUGGAGAUAAAACAGACGAGCAGCUUAUUGAAGAUUAUGCUAUCGAUAUGAAUGCUGUCCAAAGCCUUGAUGAUUGUAUCGGCUUAGUUAAAAAGACACUUGAUACUGUUAGAGACAAGGAUGAUCCACUCUAUGGCGCGAAAGGUAAUGAGUAUCUGAAUCCCAAUAACACUGGACUAUGGGAUCAGCUUCUAGGCCCACCUCUAUCGAUGGCUGACUACACUAGUGGUUUCAAUGUUACAACAUGUGUUUCAUGGUAUGAAGAACUUUCUAGCCUUACUGAAGAAGAUGUGCUUAAUACUUUGAGACCAAAAAUAAUCUCCAACUGA